AUGAGUCAAGACAACUCAGACGAUUGGGAGUCGACUUCCGAAGAUUCUGGUCAAGGUGACGACGGGAACACUGCACCCCCAGAAAUCAAGAGAAGUACCAACGUGCCGUUUUCAAAGAGAAGCCAAGAGGAAAUAGAGAAUGAUGUAGUCCAAAUCCGCAGUCGGAAUUCAUCCAUUUCUUCAGGUCUAGCGCGUCUCUCCAUGUCUCAAAUCACUGCUUCACAGCCAUUCCAACCGCAAUCCCUAGAGCCUCAGAUUUCCACCUUUCCAGAACAGUUCCCAUAUGAGCCCCAACACGAUUGCACUCGCUUGCCAACAACGCCUCUACUAGGCCAUCACGACCCAAGUUUCCCAGCCCAGAGACGCGGGCCAGACAUUACACGAAAUCCCAUAUCAGAUACAUGGCGCGAGGACGCAUAUAAGAAGAAAGAGGCUAGAAAGGAGAAGAUAGUGGACAUGGCGAAGACGCAAGACUGGUGGCGAUGCGAGUACUGUGGAAACCUGAACGAGAGGGGCAUCACAAAAGAUGAUUCCGGGGUCGAUAAGAGAAAGGAUGGCCACGAUGCUGGGUCGGGAGUUGCGAGCUCAUCCAGAGUACCCCCACACACCUCAAGCAAUCCCAUCAAAAUUCCUGGCUCCAUUCCACCCGGUGUUGCGCCUGGCGACCUAGUCAGAUGCACAUAUUGCGGUGAACAAAUGUUUGUUGAGCUUUCGCGCUAUGAUCCGAGAGAAUUGGCCGAAGACGGAGUGCGCUGGAGUGUCGUCGAGGACGCGCGUGAGAAGAAGGAACUGACAAAGGAAGUUAUGAGAGGAACGGCACAGAAGAGGGUUCGUGAACGGUGGAAGAAAGAUGCGCAGAGGAGCAGGGAGGAAUUGAGAAAGAAGAGUAUCGGGGAGACAGAAGGAAUAAGGGUUGAAGGAGGGGAGAAUGGGGGAGGGAUAGCAAUACAUGAAGAGGAGGAGGCUGGGGGAGUGAUAAUAGAGGAAGAAGAUGAUACAGGGGGUGUGAUAAUAGAAGAGGGAGAAUCAGAGGGAGCUAGCACAGAAGAGGAAGAAACGGGGGGAGUGAGAAUACCUCAGCAUACACACAUGCAUCCACUGAAGAGGUAG